AUGGCGACUUCAGACCAAGAUGAAGAAUACGAAUAUGAAUAUGGAUCAGAAACCGAGACAUUCUACCUCAAUCUUGACCUGACCUCCCACCAUGGUGCAGUGCGCCCGCCGCGCCGUCGCAAGGACCAUGCAGCAAAUGAUACCCAGGCCCCUCUAGACACCCACCAUAGCAGACAUCCGAGCGAAGCUUCCAAUCCAAUGGAAACCACCGAGAGAGGCAGCUUCUCAAACGAGCGAAUCCAAGUCCUCGGUCUCCACACGUGCAACCCAAUCGUCUCAUACCAAAACCAUAUGUUUUCCUGCUCCUGGGCAGAUCAGAUCGGCACCGAGCUAGUCUUUUCAAGUCCAAAUACUGCAGACGAUCCCGCCAACCUACCUGAACCCUUACACCGUGGUCCUUCCUUCGAGCUCGUAGCCGCCAAUAGCGUGAAGAUCCUCGGCCGCAAGGCGCACAUCACCUCAAGCUUUGGCUCGACAGUACCUCAACAUACCGAAGCAGGAACCCCGACCACAAGCCUUGAAUCCGGCGCAACCUCUCAGGAACCGACACAAGGAAGCGUGCCCCGACGCCCAAUCGCGCCUUCACAUCAGGCGCAAUUCCUCAGCCGACUGCAAGAUCUGAAAGAAUCUCGAGGCGAACCCGAUACUGUCCGCACAGUCGUGAGUGGCCGACGACCUUUGAAUAUGGACAAUGUCAGCAAUCUACAAGGCUGGGUGCGGACGGAGACGCAGCUUGCUGAGAUCCGCCGGCUCAACGAACGCGCAUCGAGAGGAGAUGUGGAGGCCCAGAUGGCCCUUGAGAUGAUGAUAUCUGGGUUCCAGACAGGAUCUGAAUAUGAAUACGACUCUGGGAGCGACAACUUUACUUUUUGA